UGAAGAAGAAUGGCAAGGGAUCAGUUACAAGUGUUGAAUGCACUUGAUGUAGCCAAAACGCAAUGGUACCAUUUUACAGCGAUUAUAAUUGCUGGAAUGGGAUUCUUCACCGACGCUUACGAUCUCUUCUGCAUCUCUCUUGUCACAAAGCUCCUCGGCCGCAUUUACUACCACGUACCAGGCUCCCCCAAGCCUGGAACUCUCCCUCCCAACGUUGCUGCUGCCGUCAACGGUGUUGCCUUCUGUGGAACCCUAGCUGGUCAACUCUUUUUCGGGUGGCUUGGUGAUAAGCUCGGGAGGAAGAAAGUUUAUGGUAUGACGUUGAUGGUCAUGGUCAUUUGCUCUAUAGCCUCUGGUCUCUCUUUCGGACACGAGCCAAAAGCAGUGAUGGCCACGCUCUGCUUCUUUAGGUUUUGGCUAGGGUUUGGUAUUGGUGGUGACUACCCUUUGUCCGCAACGAUCAUGUCUGAAUACGCUAACAAGAAGACACGUGGCGCGUUUAUAGCUGCGGUGUUUGCUAUGCAAGGGUUUGGGAUCAUGGCUGGUGGAAUCUUCGCUAUUAUUAUCUCCUCUGCUUUUGAAGCUAAGUUCCCUGCUCCGGCCUAUGCGGAUGAUGCCUUGGGAUCCACGGUAUCUCAAGCAGAUUUUGUAUGGCGAAUAAUCUUGAUGGUUGGGGCUAUACCUGCCGCAAUGACUUAUUACUCAAGGUCGAAGAUGCCAGAGACAGCAAGAUACACAGCUUUGGUUGCUAAAGACGCGAAGCAAGCUGCUUCAGACAUGUCUAGGGUUUUGCAAGUUGAGAUUGAGGCAGAACAGCAGAAAGUGGAAGAUAUCUCAAAAGAUAAGUCCAAAGCCUUUUCCUUGUUUUCCAAGGAAUUCAUGAAACGCCAUGGACUUCAUUUGCUAGGCACUACAUCCACUUGGUUCCUUCUCGACAUCGCUUUCUACAGUCAAAACCUAUUUCAAAAAGAUAUUUUCAGUGCAAUCGGGUGGAUUCCUCCGGCUCAAACCAUGAACGCGAUUCAAGAAGUGUUCAAAAUCGCGCGUGCCCAAACCCUAAUUGCCUUGUGUAGCACGGUACCUGGUUACUGGUUCACAGUUGCCUUCAUCGACGUCAUUGGAAGAUUUGCUAUUCAGCUAAUGGGAUUCUUCUUCAUGACGGUCUUUAUGUUCGCUCUGGCUAUUCCGUACAACCACUGGACUCACAAGGAGAACCGAAUCGGAUUCGUUGUCAUGUACUCUUUAACCUUCUUUUUCGCCAACUUUGGACCUAAUGCUACAACCUUCGUUGUACCUGCCGAGAUCUUCCCAGCCCGGUUCAGAUCCACAUGCCAUGGUAUUUCUGCAGCAUCAGGAAAAUUAGGUGCGAUGGUUGGUGCUUUCGGGUUCUUGUACUUGGCACAAAGUCCAGACAAGGCCAAGACAGACGCAGGAUAUCCUCCUGGGAUUGGGGUCAGGAACUCGCUUAUCGUGUUAGGUGUGGUUAACUUCUUGGGAAUUCUCUUCACUUUCUUGGUGCCUGAAUCUAAAGGGAAGUCACUUGAGGAAAUGUCCGGUGAAAAUGAAGAGAAUGAGAACAGCAACAGCGAUAGUAGGACGGUCCCAAUAGUUUAGAUGGUAUUACACCUUUUGUUAAAGUUAUCUUCUUGUCUUUAGUAACUCAAGUUGUUUGUUGUGUCAUAUGUUGAUGUCAUGUCUAAAUGGUUAAUAAUUUUUAACAUUUCUGUUGGAUUUUAAAGGAAAUAUAUGCUGAA